CUGCUAUGCGCGCAUCUGCCUGAGCCUAGGGGUGUUCUCAGCCUCAUGAUAAAUUGAGGGAAAAACACAUAGAAGACGGCGCGAUGAGUGUACCUUGAUUUGAAGUUGUCUUCUGGCUUCGCGGCGGCGGCUGCUAGUUAAUAAACACACCCUUUGUUCCCGCGGCGGCCUUUGUUCAGCGAAGCCCGCACGCGCAUUCAAGAGCCACUCCACCAAGCUACCCCACCAAAUCACGUCACACAAGGCUGGACACGUUGAACACAGUUUGCGCCUCAGAUCGUCAACCACGGCGCGCAAGGGGAAAGAAGAAAAGAACUUUCUGCAGCCUCGGGCGCUGCGUCAACUUUAAGGUUGCGGAGUUACGGUCCAGCGGCUCGACGAACGGAGAUAGCUCCUUACCGAUGUAUAGGACUGGCCGACAGCAGCCGCAAUUCCACGGCCGAAUCCUAGUGUCGUGAAAACAUCAACAUUACCUCGAAAUCAAACUUGAGUCCCAGACCACAUCUCGAACAGCACAUCUGCCAGAGCACAAGCCUUCCUUCAACCACCCAGCAAAUAUGACUAGGUUCUCGGGUAAGUCGCGCGCCGCAGGUGGCGCCAAGGGCUUCUCCAGCCACUCCCCUAGCCCCUUCGGCGCAUUUUCGUCAUCGGCAGGUGGGAGCCGUCUCUCGUACCUCUUUGAGCCGCCCAACUUGUCCUCCAUCUCGGACCCCAACGUCGCCGUGUCUCUCAAGAACGUGCUCAAGAAGGACAGCACCACCAAGGCCCGCGCCCUCGAGGAGCUGGUAUCGCACGCCCAGCAGCAGCCGCCUGCCUCAGCCCCCGAUGGCGUCGAGGAUGCUGUGCUGGACGCGUGGGUCCAGAUAUACCCACGCGCCGCCGUCGACAACUCUCGUCGCGUCCGCGAGCUCGCCCACUCCUUGCUGCUCGAUCUCGUGAAGUCGGCAAAGAAGCGCAUGGAAAGGCGCAUCCCCAAGAUCGUCGGCCCAUGGCUUGCCGGCACAUACGAUAAAGACCGCGUCGUUGCCCGCGCCGCCACCGACGCACUACAGUCUCUCUUCAACACGGACGAGAAGAUACUUCAGUUCUGGAGGCGUUGCCAGCCGCAGAUUCUCGAGUAUGCCAUCGAGGCCGUUCAAGAGACGCCCGACAGCCUGAGCGACGAGCGCUCGACCACCAAGGACGAUUCCGAAGCGAAGUACCACAGGGUUCUCAGCGGAGGCUUGUCUCUCGUCAUGGCGCUGCUGCAGAGACUGGACGUCUCCGAGAUUCAGAAGAACCAGGAGGAUUACGACAGGUUCUUCUCCUUGGAUGCCGUCUGGAACGCCGCGACCUCCCAAGACUCCUUUGUUAGGAGACAGUACUACCAGCUCCUCUCGCUGGCGUUGGAGACACAAGAAGCCGCCCUUGAUGCACAUAUCCCCAAGGUCGGGAAGCUCCUCGUCUCGGAGGCUGUCAAGAGCGAUCAGACCGGGUCUGCGACAGAUCUGGUCAAAGUCUUGGCUAGCUUGACAAAGCUUCACCCAGAAAUCUGGGGGACCAAGAAGCCCUCACUGCCGAGACUCCGUGUCCUCCUGGAGAAGGGGUCCCAGGGGAGCGCCGCACCGUCGAUGUUCUGGCAGUUCCUUGAUCAGCUCAUCGCCGUUAUGCCCCAGGAGAACCUCACGCCAGAGACUGCUGCGGAUACUCUCAAGUCCAUCAAGACGGGUAUUUCGAACCGGAGCGAGCCUGCCACCGCCGCCCUUGACGCUUGGUCUACGUACCUGUCUGUGUUCAGGCGGCUGUCCCCGAAACUCGCAUCUGGAGAGUUGCGGUCCGACCUUGCCACCAAGUACAUACAGCCCCUGAUUGAAGACUACGUGCAUACCGAAGGAGUCGCCAGUCGCUCCACAACCCAGCUGACCGUUGCGGUUCGCGCCACGCUCAUGCUGUCUAGCCUGUCAGACCCUACCAUCACCCAGGUCGCCAAGGAGAUUUGGAACACCAUCUCGGACCAGCUUGUCGAGAAUCUGCAGAGCUCGCUUUCUGAAGCGCCGGAAGACUUCGAAAAGGCUCAAAAGACUCUGGCCGACGAGUGUACUCGCUUCUACUCUGUAGUUGGUGGCAUUCACGAGAGGACCAGCUCAAACACCGCAAAAGAAGCUGCCGAAGUGGCUGUCGAUAUCACAUCGCCAGCAGCAGCAAAACUCCUCCUCGGUGCUAUGCAGGUUCUCAUACGCGGAACCUACAAGCUGUUCGGAGCUGCUUCGGUCCUUGAUGCUGCACUUUCCAAAUGCCCCUUCCUGCUGAAGCGCGAAGAGGUGAUGCCCGACCUCGAGCGUCUCUUCCCGACCGACAGCCAAGCGACGCUGGAGACGAUGCUAUCAUCGGAUUCUGCGCCAUUUCUUCUCUCCUUCCUCGCAUCCCUUUUCAACCUCGAUGGCUGGGACGAUUAUUGCAAAUCAGCUUUGUCUGCGAUAAUAGGCUCCCUCCUGAGCCAUCCAGACCAAGCGGUGUCGACCCGUUAUUUGGCCAAGCUGCUGUCUCAGAAAGCAUUCGCGCCGCUCGCACGCCAACAGUCGUCGCUCCAGGACUACCUGAAACGCAACUGCCUGGAGUGCGCACGAGGAGCAAAUCACAGCUGGGAGCUAUUCGAGGCAUGCUUCACAUUCGACAUCCUCGCACCAGAGGUGGCCAGCGAGACUGCCGAGGGUCUCUGGGCGAUCUUCGAGGGCCAACCUGUGACGGAGGCUGAAGUUCCUCUGAAGGCGCUCGAAAUAGUUGCCCAGCGGAAGCCAACACUGCUCUCAGACAGCAGCGAUUUGCAUCUGGGCUUGGUUGCCAAGCUGCUGUCAAUGGCCGAGAUCUCGGAUCAGAAGCUUUCGAGCCAAUCCGAGCGAGUGAGACUUCUCCUGGAGCCUCAUGCGGACGGCGGACCUCCACUCGUUAGGAUAAUCCAGCAGAACCUCGAGGAGGCAAGCCCGGCAUCUCUUGGGGUCGACACUCUGGUUGAUCAAGCCUCAAAGAUGGCUCAGAUGCCAGGGGUCUCCCUGGAGGAUCUCUUCCCCAGCACAACGGCGUGGAUCGACCAACUCAUCCUUUUCCUUGACGGCAGCCUCAACCCAUCGCUGUCGCUAACCAGCGAUAUGGGAGGCGUCUACCUUCUGGGAUCGGCGAACCGACGCGAGCAUCACUACCAUCCCCGUGACCGGAAAGGGCUCUCGGUACCGGCUCGGAUGGCGGUCUACACGACCAAGCUUCUGACUUCGGAUCUCAAAAUCACCGCUCUGCCCAAGGAAUUCCAGGUGGAGCUCCUGUGCCUACUCUCUCUGGUCGAGUAUGUCGUUGCCGAUCAGAUUGUGCUUCUGGAAGAGAACAGGCUAUGGGCAAGCCUUUCUCAGCCAGAAGAGUUGGCAGAGGCUGAGGAGCUGGUCUCGUCGACGCGCAGGAUCAUCAACGACACCAUCGCUGCCGCAGAUCCCGGCCAGAGUGGAGUCCCGGCUAAAGAGGGCGUUGUUGGGGAACUGGUAAAGGUCCUCAUCGGCCAGUCCCAAACGCUAUCGCCCCUCGCGGUCUAUAGUGCACGGGCGCUGGCACAGAUCCUCCGGAUGCUUACCGAGCGACAUGGCUUCCGCGCCUCACAGCAGGAGUUGUGGGUCACAAGCAUAGCCACCAUGAGCGCGACACCUGCCACGAUUCUGCCCUGCGCAGCCAUCCUCUCGGGGUAUGGAGAGCUGCUGGCUUCAUCCGCAGCCGUUGGCAUGAUGCUGAAUCGCCUCGUCAGCGACAUAGCCUACGCCAAGAGCCCGGACUCUCUCCAGACGCUUCUGAAUCUCAUCCUCUUCAACGCCUGUAUGCCCAUCUACGCCGCAGACGGGCCACCGGUGGCCAACAACCGUCUCGUGUUUGCUGUCAGGCAGAUCACGUCGUGGUUCGACAAUCCCGAUGUCCUCGGCAGCAAGAUGGCCACGGAGUGCUGUCGCGCUCUUGGUCACCUCUUCCCGUGCGUCAAGGAUGUCUACGGAUCACACUGGGAGAAGGCCCUCGGUUUCUGUCGCCACCUUUGGGACAAGGCCGCGAGAGAAACGGAGGAUCGUCGUCUGCCAUACGUCCACGCAUCGCUGAAAUUGGUCAGCCUGGUUGAGGGCUUCGACGAGCCCAAUGACGACCUUGCCGAUGCCAUCAUCUCGUUUACCGGGGACAAGACUGAAGGGCUGCUCCGACUUCUGAUGCUCGAGGACGGCGCGACGUCGCAGCCAGCCGAGCGGGUCAACGCUCUUCUCUGCAGACAAACGGAGCGAAUACCUCUGGAGCACAUAAAGGACCUUGGAGGCAUCUACGGAUUAAUGGACGCCACAUCGAGGGACAUACAGCGAGCCGCCUUCGGUCUUCUUCACCGGAAGAUUCCCAGCGAGCAAGCACGGCUUUCGGAAGAGAUUCUCUUGGAGAAGACGAAGCCGCACCUGCCGGCCGAGCUUCUCUCGCUGCUGCUGGACCCGCCAACUCUGGAAACGUUCCACGACGAGCUACUUGCUGGGUUCCCGACGCCGGUGCGCGGAUAUCUCCUCACCUGGGUGGUGAUAUUUGACGCCUUUGGCGCAGCGGCAUUCAGGCUGAGAAGCGAGUACUACGAGAACCUCAAGGCCACCGGCUCGCUCGGUCCCUUGUUGGACCUCACCUUCGACGUGCUCGGCCACUCGGUGGCACGCCCCCUCAAUCUCGAAAAGGCUCACAUCACGGCCGAUAGGAUCAUGUCGUACGACAUGAAGUUCGCCGAGGCGGAGACAGAGGAGCUGAACAUGCACUGGCUGUUUGUGCACGUCUACUACCUGGCUUUGAGGUACGUGCCCGGACUGGUCAAGUCUUGGUACAUCGAGUGCCGGUCGAAGCAGACGAGGAUCGCGGUCGAGGCCUGGACCAGGCGAUACUUUUCGCCACUCAUCGUCGCCCACACCAUAGACGAGGUGGUCAAGUGGAAUGACGAGCAGGAGCCACCCGAGGACGACGAGAAGGAGCUCAUCAUCAAGACCAACAAGAGCGCGCGCGAGGUGACGGUGGGGUAUCAGGUGGACGAGGAAGAAGCAGCCAUCGCGAUCAAGAUGCCCGAGUCGUACCCGCUCGACCCAGUCUCGGUGAUUUCGGUGAACCGGGUGGCGGUCACGGAAAAGAAGUGGCAGUCGUGGCUCAUGACGACCCAGGGCGUCAUCACCUUCUCGCACGGCAGCGUGAUCGACGGCAUCACGACGUUCCGGCGCAACGUGGUGGCCAUGAUGAAGGACCAGAGCGAGUGCGCCAUCUGCUACUGCCUCGUGUCAUCGGACAAGCGGCUGCCGGACAAGCGGUGCGGGACGUGCAAGAACCUGUUCCACCGCUCGUGCCUGCUCAAGUGGUUCCAGUCCAGCGCGCAGAACACGUGCCCGCUGUGCCGGAACCAGAUCGAUUAUGGCGUCCCCCGGCGGCAAACUGGGGACUACAUUUGGGGUCCACGAGGAUGAUGAGAUGGUGGGAGUGGUGUCGUGCAUGUACUUGAAGGGGUCAUCAGGUCAUGUUCUGGCAUCUGAAGGGGGGGGGAAAGCGACGAUGGAAAGCGAGUUUUCUGUUCAAUCAGUGGUCGGGGUUUGGUAUUUCUGGCUCCUGUUCAAUAUUAUCAGGAUCGGGCAUUUACUGGGUAGGAAGAUGCCGACCUCUCAAGGGCAGGUAGCUGAUAGGCGCAAUGUAACGAUGAAAAAUGU